AUGAGACGACGAGACAUGAACUCAUUGUUGGAUGAAUUCCAACCACUUUCCGAUUCGCCUUCCUCCUCAUCACCCAACAAGAAGAAGAUUUCCAAACAAAAGAAGAAAUCAUUUACCGAAGAUGAGGAUUAUUCUCCCACAACAGCACCUCCUAAUAAUGAUGAUGAUGAGAAUCAUGAUGAUGAUAAUAUCGUUAUUGAACAUAAAAACACCAAGAAGAAUUCCUCAACGACCAACAGUAAAACCAAGACUCAUGCAUCCAAAUUAAAUCAAGCUAGUAAUCAUAACCGAUCGUUUUCAUCGUCGAGUACGGGAAGUAAUCAUUCUGCAUCAUCAACGGAACCAACGGUUUCAUUUGGAUAUGGAAAACACAAGAGAACGCAAUCAUCAACUAUUGCCGAGUCAUCUCCAGGAGCGGGUUAUCAAUCAUCAUCGUCUCAAUACGACUCUCCAUCCACUCCUACAACAACAGUCAAGUCCCAAUCAAACAAAUCAUCAGCUACUUUGGAUAAAUAUCAAGGUUUUGGAUCCAAAGAUUUGACAAAGACAAAAAGCGUGCCUUCAUUAUCUAAUUCAUCAUCUUAUUCACGAAAUGAUGAAGAGAGUAAUGACCCUCAUAUCGGAACAAUGAAAGACAAUUAUUAUGCAAUUGCUAGGAAGCGACAAAAUGAAGAAAGUGGUCCAUACAUUUUGCAAAUUAUUGCAGACAUGUUGAAAUACAUUUACACGGCAGUCACAGAGACCGCCGUUGCAGGAUCAACAAGAAUCAGUUCUGCAGUAAAUGGAAUAGCUACUCGAAGAAAUAGUGAUGCACGGGCUGGUGGAGAAUUUCCACAAGCUGAAAUUUAUCUAGAACCAGAAAAGAAGCAAAUUUUGGAAAAAUUCAAACAAUACUGCUCGAAAAAGUUUGAUGUUGAAAAUGAAAAACAUCAGAAAUUAUUGUUCGCUCUUUAUAAGGCAUGCACGCAAAAGAAGACAACGCUCACUGAGGGAGAACAUUAUAAAUUUUUAGGCUUUCAAAACACGAAACCAGAAACAGAUUUCAGAGGAGCUGGUAUUUUAGGCCUUCAAAAUUUACUGUACUUUGCAAAACACUACAAGAAGAGAUUUAAGACCUAUUUCACAAAAUGUACAGCUAAAAUGGAAGUGACGGAUGAUGGAACGUUUACCUCGUAUCCUUUCGUGAUUGCAGGCUUGAAUGUGACCAUGAUGUUGCUUUCAUUUUUAGGAAUUGGUUUUCAAGCGAACAAAGUUCACAACGUGACAGCGAAGAAAAAUUUCAUUGAAUUACUCGUGACUGAGAAGGGAAAACCAGCCAUUGAGGAAGAUGAAGAUGACGAAGACGACGAAGAAACCUCUUCAUCCACGCCAACACCUCAAGCCACUGUUGAAGGAACAUUACUUUCAUUUGAUGACAUUCCAACCACUCAACAGCCACCACCCAAAAAGUCUUUGAAUAUUUUAACAGAUGACAUUUCUCCUUUGGUUUGGGAUAAUUCUGCACUUCCAUCAUGGGAUGAGUCAGCAAAAUCUAACACAUCGACGAAUCCAUCAUCAUCGAGCUCACAUCAACCAAAGAAGACUUCCAAUAUUGAUUCUAGUAUUAAUAGCAGCAAAAAGAACCCCACUCUACAAGUAUCAAUCCCUUCCAAACAAAAAUCAACAGCAGCAAAGAAGGUCAAGUCCAAACCAAAAAAGCAAUACGAAUUUAAUCUUGACCUCUUUAAUGAGAUGUAUGUGGUUGGAUUUACAUGCUUGCACCGAGAAUGGUACAAAACCAAAGCUACCUAUUUUGAUUUCAAUCGAGUUCUUGCCAACGCUCGUAAGCAUGUGGAAGAUUUAUUGGAGUUGAAAUUUAAUACCUUUGGCGAUGUGAAGGAAUUUAAUCAAUCAUUAAAGAAUUAA